CCUGAGCCAAUCGGAAGGGGCGGGGUGUGUGUCUGUGUGUGUUUGUGUGUGUGUGUGUGUGUGUCUGUGUCUGUGUCUGUGUGUCUGUGAGUGUCCGUGUGUGUGUAUGUGUGCGCGAGGGCAAGUCGGGAGGGGGACCCAGCUCAGGACUGGGAGGCCCUGCUCGCAGGUCCCUGGGUCCCGGUGGCGGCCGGAGCGCUUAGUCCGCAGGCAGCGGGCGGGUGGUCGCCCCUCCCGCCCCCACCCCGCGCGUGCGCGCCCCGGCCUCUCCCUCCCCGUCACCCUCCUCGGCUCCCGCGCGGCGGCGGCGGUUCCUCUCCCACUCCCCCCAGCCCUGGCUCCGGGGGACCCCGCGAUGCCGGUCCGCACCGAGUGUCCCCCGCCGGCCGGUGCCUCCGCUGCCUCCGCGGCCUCACUCAUCCCGCCGCCGCCUAUCAACACCCAGCAGCCCGGCGUGGCCACCAGCCUGCUCUACAGCGGCUCCAAGUUCCGCGGCCACCAGAAGAGCAAGGGGAACUCGUACGACGUAGAGGUGGUGCUGCAGCACGUGGACACGGGGAACUCUUACCUUUGUGGGUACUUGAAGAUUAAAGGCCUUACUGAGGAGUAUCCAACCCUUACGACCUUCUUUGAAGGAGAAAUAAUCAGUAAAAAACACCCUUUCUUAACUCGCAAGUGGGAUGCAGAUGAAGAUGUUGAUCGGAAACACUGGGGCAAGUUUCUGGCUUUUUAUCAGUAUGCAAAAUCAUUUAACUCAGAUGACUUUGAUUAUGAAGAGCUGAAGAAUGGAGACUACGUCUUCAUGAGGUGGAAGGUAUCAGUCCCUCAAUCUAACCCAUGUUCCUGAACACAGUGCACCCAUCUAUGAAUUCCGGUGACAACGGUUCAGAACAGCAACCAAAUAAAACUGAACUUGGCAAAAAAGAACUUUGCUGAGAAAAUUGUGUACCUGCCAGAACCAGGAGAAGUGUGUUCCUGUUUCUUCACGAGCAGACUCGCAUCACAAAGCAUGAAUGUUAACCCACAGAAUCCAAGGAGCAUGGCUGGCCCGUGGGGCAGGUGGAGGGAGCAGUCUUCGUUCUUCCUCCCCUCAGUGGCAGUUUGGUCUUCACCCGUUUUUAAGCUACCUUAAAUGCACUUUUCCUUCCUGCACAGCUAACUUCUACAUCACUGAAAUGCCCAUUCCUUCCUCCGUCUCGCCUCCAGCCGAGUAGAAGGUCUGCUCCCGGAUCACCCUCAGCCUUGGUGCUCAGUGGUCCCCAGGCCCUAGACCCCCACCCCCCGCCGGUUGCUUUGUCUGGUAGCUCAAGAGAAGGCAGAGCCCCAGUACCUCUGUGCCCCCCAGAGCUCUGUGCAGGGAGUUGGCUAGCUGCCGCAGCAUCGGCCACCAACAACACGAGAGGCAGAGGCUCCAGUCCCUGCUGGGCUGCCUCAGUCUUCAGUGCUGAUUGUGUCACGGGUCAGCGUGCGCUGCUGAGCCCUGUACUGUUAACAGUGCAAAGCUAGUGAGUGGCUGUCAGGUUCCCUGGGCCUGCCAUCAGGGAUCACUAAAUUUAAGGCUUCCAGAUCCCUGGCAGGAACAGAUUCCAGUCCUGCUUACUCAGUACAUUUGCUCCAAACUUUUGAACUUGAGGGCAAUACUAAACUUAAAAAUAAGAAUUUUUUUAUUACAAAAUUAUUUUUAUGGUCCCUUUAACAAGGACCCUAUGGCAAAUGCACAAUUAUUCAGAAUUACAUUUUAUCGUUUUCACAUUGAAAACAGCAAAUGUUGACUUAGUAAUUUUUAUAUCGAUAUCUAUAUGUAUAUGUAUAUUUAAUCAACCAGCAGUUUUGAAACUAGUCAUCCUGGUACAAAAGUUUUGCAGCAUUGCCUAAAUUAUAGUGCUCAACACAAGAACUGUUUUUGGGGCCAGUUUAGCAUUUGUGCCUCCUCCUUUUGCUACUCAAAAAUAGCAGUGCUUGGCGGCAGCCUUCCAUGAGGCAGAAGGGGUCGUCGUUCUCUGAAAACAGUGACUCUGAAAUGUUGGGACAGGGGAAGGCGUGGGAAACAUGAACAUGCUCAGAUAACUCGAGGCUCACGUGCCAAAGUGUGUGUGUGUGUGUGUGUGUGUGUGUGUGUGUGUGUAUGGUGUUUUGUUUUUUUAAAUGUUUUAAAAGCUUAAUAGGUUGGCAUCAGUUGUAGCCCACAAACAUGGGCAGGGCUUUGGGGAAUUGGCAUUUUUCUGGUGGUUUACAAGACUUACUCCGAAUACAAGAGGAAAAGCUUUAAAAACAAGAUUGCAUCAUAACCCCCAGGAGCAAAGCAACCUGGAGGCUGCAUAUCCACGGGCGGGCAGCAUAAGAGAACGUGAAGCCCUUCAGUGAGAUGAGACGAGCAAUGGGAAACCUUUUCUGUUCUUAAGAAGUGACUUUAAUUUUAUUGACAUAUGUACUGUAUGUUACUGAGAUUGAAUGUUAGGGGAAGCCUUAAGGGAGAGGUAUUUGGGAAAGUAGCCAGUGGGCACUUGUGAUAUCUAAAAUCUGUUAUCCCAGGACUGUGUACAGAGGGGCAACCCACCCAUUCAGGAAGGUCAGGGCUUUGGAACCCUAAAAAGUUGGCCCGAUGACUUAAAGGGAAAAAUAAUUCAUUCCCAGAGAUGAGUCAGAACAGUCUCCUCAAUCCUGAAAUUCAACAAGGCAUCAGAAGGGCUGGCUGUGGUCAAGCCCAGCUGCUGUCAUGUGAGGAGAUGCUCACUGUGGUUUUGUUGAGCUGAUGGCCUUGGUUGAGCUGAUGGACAAGUGAAGGAGGCCGUGGGGCUGUGCUGUCCUUCCUGCCGUACGUGCCAUUCCACUCUCUUCAGCUCUCCCCUCAACGGCAUGCGAGCCCAUACCUUCUGCAUUUUUACAGGCCUGUGAGGGAUAUAGGCCUCCCCUUGGAGUACUGAGUCCGGAGGUCAUCCCUGAGCUCAUCCAGGGCUCAUGCUGUGUCUCCGAGUAGUGGCUUGACUGGGCAGGAAGGGCCAUUUGCAAACACUGCUGUGUUCUAGACAAACAGCCCAAGUCCUAUGGCAGGAUUUCUUCCUUCCGUUUUUACCCAGGUAAUGAAGUGCACCCAUUGUACUGGGAAAAAUGAAGAGGUGAUACCUUUACUAGAUCCUUCAGACACAUCUAUGAGAAGAUUUGUUCAUUUAAAAGUCUGCCCACUGAGGAUAGGGAAAGGAUUAAGGAUUUUUCCACCUCCUCUUAGUAACUCCUGAAUUACCAACAUCAACUUCUUUCUCUCUGUUCCUGAAGGAACUUUGGGGAAUCAUCUUCAUCUGUAGUUAUGCUUUCCUGAAACUUCUCAGUGGUUUACAUGCCUCUGAAACUAUGUGCAAUAUUUUUGGUUGACACUUGUAUCCAUCCUUAAGAAAUUAGUGCAGAUUGCAGAUAUUCUACUGUCUUCCACCCCAAACAAGCCUGCCAUGAGGUGGGAUCCUAGGGGUUUGGCUGUUCUUACUCCACUGCUCAGAAAGCUUCCAUUCUGCUGUCCUCAGCCUCGACCCUCUUCUGUGCUGGACUUCCACCCACCCACCCUUUUCAAGUUUAGAUAGCGUUUCAGCUGCGGUCCCAAAGUAACAAAACAAUACCUACUGUUAAGUAGGAAGUCAAUCUGUGUGCUGGUUUUGUUGGUUAUGUUGAAAUCACAAACUCCAGAGGAGCAAAGGGGUUUUUCAAUGUCUUUUGCUUUCAGAAACAGAGAAUAUAAUAUUCUCACUAAGGCCUUGAAUUGAUUUUUUUCUCAUAAAAUAGUCUGAUAAGCUAAUUUUUAAAAAGAAAUGCCAUUAACUGUGUUGUAUUGUGGUUUAAAAUUACUAACAAGUUGUGGGAAAGAAAAAUAAUAUUUGAUUUUGAAUCUUAAAUGUUUUUAAAAAUUAGACUUGAAUGGGCACAAAGUAUAAAUAUUUUGUUUCUUUAUGGAGGACAUGUGGAAGAAGUUGAGGGUUUGGGAUGGGAGAAGUAUUUUGCAGAGCUAUCAAUGUCCAAAUAAUUUUUUAAAAAUAAUAAAGGUAUUUAAGCAGUGA